CACCAAGAUGCCAGUGACUGGUGUCCCUGUGAAGAGUGAUGUCACCAAGAUGCCAGUGACUGGUGUCCCUGUGAAGAGUGAUGUCACCAAGAUGCCAGUGACUGGUGUCCCUGUGAAGAGUGAUGUCACCAAGAUGCCAGUGACUGGUGUCCCUGUGAAGAGUGAUGUCACCAAGAUGCCAGUGACUGGUGUCCCUGUGAAGAGUGAAGAUGAUGAGGUCAAAGGUGAGAGUGAGGAGAAGAGAAGCAGCAGGUCAACAGAAGGUGAUGGAGACCACUGUGGAGGAUCACAAGCAGACAAGAUGUUAUGUCCACUAUCAGAUAGUGAGGACACAAGGUCACACUCUCCUGACACUGAUGAUGAACACUCUAAACAUGAUGCAACAUGUCACACUGACAACACUCACUUCACGUGUUCCCACUGUGACAAAACCUUUAAAUACCAUUGUCGUCUAAAAGCACACAAGAGAAUACACACUGGAGAAAAACCUUUUUCCUGCUCAGAAUGUGGUAAAAGUUUUACGAUAGAUAAAAGUUUAAAAGCCCACAUGAGAAGACACACUGGAGAAAAACCUUUUUCAUGUUCAGAAUGUGGUAAAAGUUUUGUAGUAAAUGAAAGUUUAACAGUACACAUGAGAAGACACACUGGAGAAAAACCUUUUUCCUGCUCAGAAUGUGGUAAAAGUUUUGUAAUAAAUGAAAGUUUAAAAGCCCACAUGAGAACACACACUGGAGAAAAACCUUUUUCCUGCUCAGAAUGUGGUAAAAGUUUUCUAAUAAAUCAAAGUUUAAAAGUACACAUGAGAACACACACUGGAGAAAAACCAUUUUCAUGUUCAGAAUGUGGUAAAAGUUUUGUAGUAAAUGAGAGUUUAAAAUCACACAUGAGAAGGCACUCUGGUGAAAAACCUUUUUCCUGUUCAAGCUGCAACAAAAGUUUUUGUCACCUAAAGACUCUUAGAGCACACAUAAGAAGACACCCAGGAGAGAAAGUGUUGAGUUGCAGUGUGUGUGGUGAAAGAUUGUCUUCUAAGUACCAGUGGAAGAAACACAAGUGUGCUGGUGAGAACAGCAGCAGCAAAUGAAGAUGCACGAUUUGAAAUCAACUUGAACUUUGACUUUCUAACAACAUCAGCACAUAUAACAUGUGAUCAUCAUCAUUGUUGUGUGUGUAACACAAUCUUGUUAGUAUGAUUGUAACAUUUAUAGAUUAGACACUUGAGAUUAGUGCUUUUAUUUCAGUCAAGUACAAGAGUUAAUAUACACAUUUGUGUACUUUAAAAUGAACAGAACAAUUGGAUUGAAAAGGUGACAAUAAACAGUACAUAAAAUAUGUUACAUACAAUAAUCAUUUUGUGUGUAGAUAUUCAUAAUUCACUUUUAUAAUUAUUCAUAAUAGUGUUUUAUAUAUGUUUUUGAAAUAAUGAAGUGUUACAUAUUUUAUUUUGUAAUUGUAGAUGAUUCCAUAGAUGAACUCCUUUAUAUAAUAUACAUAUUUGUUUUACAUGUGUUCAUACCUUUGCUUUUGAGUACUCAUAAAUCCCUCUUAGUUCAUAUUUACUGGUUCACAUCUGAAACAUCUUCUGGACCACUUCUGGAAGCAUAUUAUUAUUUACUUUAUACAUCAUUUGAGCAGUUGUCUUUUAUACAAUUUUAAAAUGUGUGACUUUAUGAAUCAUUUGUUGGGUCUCUAUAAUCCAUUCUAUUAAUUGUCUUUAUUACUCUCUUGUGUAAUAUAAAUAUUGUUGUGUGAUUGUUUUAUAUGUAUGUCCCCAGACCUUUAUGCAAUAAA